AGGUUUUGUUCCAGCGGCGACAGCGGGCCAGCUGGUGGACCCGGUCUCCGCUCGGCUGAGCUGCAAACCGGCAUGGCCUGUUCAUGAGCUUUGCACUGCGCGAGUAUCUAUGAACAUAUUCCGUAGAUGCGAGCAAUGAGCGGGUGUUUUUUGGCUAGCUGGAACAACAGCUGACCCACAAACCGUGUUGGCCUGGGUAGGUCUUACAGUUGAAAGAGUUCGUGAUGGUGAACCAUGAAAAAACAUUAUGAACAUACGAUGAAAACAUAACCUUACUGUGCUCCUCAGUGUAUAUCUGUGCAUAACCGUGUACUCCGGCGUUCAUAUUAAAUAUAACCGAAAAUUCGGACGAAAACAGAGCUAGAAAAUACGAGUAGUCUUUGGUUUAGCUGAACCAUUUAGUGUUCUGUGGACGCACUCAUUAUCAGCUAUAUGAAGACAACGGUGGUCCGGUGCAUAAAGAACUUGCAGGAGUUAAGUCGAGAGGAAGCGUUGAUCGUAUGUGUGCAAUUACUGGACGACCCGCGAGAACACCCGACUGAACAUAAUGUACAUACCGGCCAGUUCGGAUGCGGCACCAGGACCUCCUGAUGAUCUUGUAGGGGAGUACGAUUUUGAGGCUGACCUAGUUCGCCUGCGAUGGGAGAGUCCGCAGGACUAUGGCGGGUCGAAGAUCAACUCAUAUCUGGUCGAAAGGUGUACUGAGGAGAACGGUGUGUUCCAGGAGGUCGGGUACAUCGAUCCCGGGCAGCUAUCAUUUGUUGAUGGAGAUAUUCUUGAAAACAGCGAAUACUUCUACAGAGUGCUAGCUCUGAAUGACAAUGGCAUCAGCGAACCAUCAUCGAAAGUAAAGGUUUUCACUAAAUGCCUUAUUGACCUGCCAGAUCCACCUGAGGGCCCACUUCACAUAACCUGCACGACGAGUCGGUCGUGUUCACUUUCGUGGCGUCAGCCGAUCUCGGGUCCCGUCGAAGGCUAUUCCAUAUGGAAACGGCGUCAGGAUACAGAUCAAUGGGGUAGAAUAAUGACCGUCGAAGGAGACAUUCAGGAGUGCACCAUACAGAACCUGGAUAACCACUACAGAUACAGUUUCAAGGUUCACUCGGAAAACCGCGCAGGAAGUUCGCUUGUGGCCCUAAAAACUGCUAGUCUAGUUAACUUAAAAACUGGAACUCGAAAACCGAAUGCACCUCGAGGCCCACUUGUUCCUACGGUCACUGGGCCUUCAUCGAUGUACGUUGAAUGGGGACCCUGCGAGAAUGAUGGAGGAGCUCCACUUCAAGGAUACGCCAUUUGGAUACGGGAAGUCACACGAAGAAUAUGGAUUGAAGUUGGCAACGUGGAAGCUGACGUAUGCAUCUUUACCGCGCGGGACCUUUUAGAAGGCCACGAGUAUCUCGUACGGGUUGCAGCAAUUAACGAACUUGGUGUUAGCCCCCCACUUCUUCUCGAGUCGCCUAUUGCUAUCAUACGCCCUAAAGGAGUGGUCGUUCCACCCAGCGCACCCCGAGGCCCUGUCAAUGUCAAGAACAUAUCUGCGACAUCAAUGAUGGUUUCAUGGAAAACGCCUUUAGAAGAUGGCGGUGGACCAAUUGAGGCGUAUAUUAUUGAACAAAGAGAAAUACUCGAGGCGGACGUCGUGAAGAGUCAUCAUGAGACCGACGGUCCUGAGACGUUUUUGAUCGUCAAUGGCUUGACGCAGGGCCAUUACUAUUGUUUCCGUGUGUACGCCGUCAAUGAGGCUGGAGUGGGAGAAGCGCUUGUUGGAAAGAUACCCACGCGAGCGAAAACUGCUUCCAUACGCCCGCCCCAACCGGACGCGCCCACUGUCGAAGUUUGCAACUCUAAACCCCGUUCAGUUGUGGUCUCGUGGCCCGCUGUCGAAGUCGAGGUAACCUGCUACUUAGUUGAGCGCUCUCGGCUGGACGAAGAGGACUGGCAACUCGUUAGUCCACCAGCAGACUUUUGCGACACAAAGCUUCUCUGCGACGGCCUCUUCCCGGGCAUCGAGUAUGUUUUUCGGGUCAGUGCCGAAAACGAACAUGGAAUAGGAAGGGCUUCACGCAUCUCGGAACCGAUCGCCGUCACUGCGGGCAAUAUUCGUGAGCCUGGCUUCACAAAGGAUCUUCAAGAUCUGACCGCCCUUGCGGGAGAUCUUAUCCAGUUCGAUGUUGAAUUCUACGGCGAGCCAGGUCCGGAGGUCGUAUGGACAAGGGACGGAACACUCUUAGAAGCUUCGGGCCGCUUUGAAGUUUUGAGUGUCGAGGGCGCUAGUUCACUAAGGAUUAGUCCGGUCAUGAUGGAAGAUGAGGGUGGACUUGCGUGCCAGGCCAGUAACGUCGCCGGAAAUGCACACUCUAAGGCCACAUUAUCGGUACAUGCCCGGCCGGAGAUUCUGCCUGUAGCCCGCUACUCGCAGGGCCUUUGCUUCGAUGCCGGCGACCCGCUAAGUAUCAAGUUGCCUUACGUGGGUAGUCCGAAGCCAACAGCCAUCUGGCUUCACAAUGGUGCACCCUUCGACCUCAGCCGUGAGGGAGUGACAGCUUGUUUCGACUGUGGAAACGCGCUGCUGGAAAUUGAAGAAGUCGAUAGAAACCUCCAGGGGGUCUAUUCGCUCAAGAUCGACAACCAGUAUGGUUCCGCGCAGGUCGACGUUCUUGUCACAGUGACUGGUGAACCUGAUCCACCAGUGAAGCUUCAUCUAAGUGAUUUUGACGAUGUCAGCUGCGUGAUCAGAUGGCAAAGCCCAAGUGACGAUGGUGGAAGCCCUAUUACCAGCUAUGUUAUCGAACAACUCAGUGACGGCGAAUCAUUGUGGGAGAAGUGCGGUACUACUCAGGCUUUAAGUUACAACGUAUGCGGCCUAAAAGAGGGGAGCGUUUAUCAAUUCCGUGUGAGCUCUGUAAACAUUUUUGGCCGAAGCAGGCCAAGUCGGCCAACGGCCCCGAUCAGAAUGAGCCCUGAGGCAGAGUACGUGGACGAUGCCAGCGGAAAAGAUGAUUCUGUUCCUUCAUCGUCUGUAUCGGUUCAAGGCGGAUAUCAAGAUUCAAUUUUCCAGGAUAUUUCUGCUAGGCAACAAGAAGGAAGACCGGAUAUACGGCCUGAAUUUUGGGCAGCUCCCGAAGAAACGUCACCGGACAGCUGUGUUCCUGAAACCUUUAUAGGAGGAGGCAGUCAACCAGUGAGAGAAUGGGAUGAAGUGACGUUGAUUGCCGACGAUACGCUGGAUUCGGUGUCUGAGUUCUCCACGUAUCAAAACACAGGUUAUUACUCAGCUUCUCCCGUUGGUACCGCCGCCUCUUCGAACGACACGGCGCUGGAUAUUGAAAUGUCGGAGCUAAUGAAUCUUGUCACGCACGAUUGUUCAGGUUCUGAACAUGAUGCUACAGUCGUACAACGGACUCCGGCUUCACACCCGAGUCCGAUGUCUCAUCAGAGCCUGACGAUUCAGGCUAGCUCGUUAGCGGAAGCCGAAGAAAUGAAUCUCGUGCCUAGGCCAUCUGAAGUUCUACCCCAACAAGUUCUGACAGGUCCUGUGGGAAUCUCAUCUACGUCAGAGAGCCCAGUCAUGACAGUCAUAGAGGCAAACGGGCAAGGAUUCGAGGACGUCGUGGAAGAGAUUUGUGAAGAUGAAGUAACAGUUAUGCCGAUCGGUGCUGCUGACGCUGAUGCCAACGGAAAAAGGAGGACCUCGUAUGCGGACAGUGUUGCCGAAAUUACUGAUGAUGAAGAAUGUCUGGAAGACAUUAGAGUUCGCGAAGAAUUAGCUGAGGUUCUCACCGAACCCAGUCACCUGCACGUUGCUAAAAAUGGUAGACAGCCUGAAGUGAAGGACGGAGUCCCUCUCAUUGCCUUUGAACGAAGAGCUUCCAUACUGGAAAACAUCCACGAAAUCGAUGAGAUAUCGCUAAAGGAUCCUGUUUCUGAAGCAAGUGAUCGCUUACUAGCAUCUCUAAGCAAGGCUGCAAAUGCUACUGACAAUUGUAUUCAACUAUUGGAGCGAAGUCCACAGGCUCAUGCCGAGUCGAACUGUUCCUCAAUUUCGGACAUUGCCUCCCUCGAAGACUUCAUCGGACGCGAAUAUGACGACCGGGAGCAACGAAUUGAAUCGUUAGAAUACGGACUUGGAAUGGAGAUGGCCAGUCUCGAACGGGACCUGAAGUCACUACAGAAAAUUUUAGACCACGGCAGUGAUGAGGGCGUAGAAUAUCGUAGCAACGGUAUGAAAGAGAGCUCUCAGCAGCUUUCACGCGAAAUUGGUCAACAGGCCGAGCUCUACAAUAAUCCUUAUCAAGCGUACUAUACUGGAGUUCUCCCAAAGUUUUUCAUCGAGUGGAAAGCACCCGAAAAGAAAAAUCAAGCCGACAAGCAACAUACUGCUGCAGCGAAAAAACGUUUUUACGCUGAGAAGACAGGAAGCAUAUUUAGUCUGCCCUCACCAAGCAGUUCGGAAAGCGAAUUGUCGAUAGCGAGGAAAGCAACUGUUACCCACUAUGGUACCAAAAUGUCUGGAACGACACCAAAGGUCAUUAGCCAUCUACAGAACCGGCUUAUUCAAGUCGGCUGCCGCGUCAAGCUUAGCUGUGCCAUCGAUGGCGACCCUUGUCCACAAAUCAGCUGGUUCCAAAAUGGAAACCCUUUAAAGCUGAAAAAUCGGCAUUUCAUUGUGAGCAUGUUGGACUUCGGUCUGUGCACGCUGGAGAUUUAUAACGCAAAAAAUACAGACACUGGAGAGUACUCGGUCGUCGCCAAGAAUCGGUUCGGUCAUUGCACAACAUCUGCUUACCUGCGGGUUACAGGAGGCAGGGAGGAAAGUCCGGAGCGUCCGAUUGUUUGGCGCGCAACUGAAACUGUUCAGGUGACAACGGGUGCAGAAAUUGCAGAACUUCGCUGGCGCGUCGCUGGAUGGCCGUUACCUUCGAUACACGUCUAUCUCGGUGAAGAUCGUAUCCGCACAGAUCUUCAUCGUGACGUUACAUUUUUGAGAGGAGGCGUAUGCCACGUGAAGGUAUUCCGUCCAAGUGAAGCUGACUAUGGAGUUUAUACGUGUGUUGCAAGCAACCGGCUUGGAAGGGCCGCAGCAACAAUCGUGCUCCGACAAAUAGGAGAGCCUUCUACGCUAGGGCCCGCCGGAAGCAACAUCGAUCCGUUGGCGGACCUUCCGACAUCUACAAGAAACCGCGACUGCAAUUUGCCCCUUGGAUUCUACGAUCCAGAUGUAACAGGAGGUCCAUUUCCGGAAUACGUUGAAGAUUUAUUUGAAAAACCCGUAUGCUGGUUCCGUACGCAUCAUGUGCCAUUUCUGCGAAAUCUCCAGAGAAACGUGAAAGAGCUGCCGGAAUUAAGGAAACUACCAUGGCCACCGCUGAACGUUAAAUUCACGGAGAUCGAUAGAAACUCUGUGACAUUAUGUUGGGAAAAACCCCUCAACGAUGGGGGAGCUAAAGUGUUCGAUUUUCGCGUAGAGGCUCGUGAGAUUCACACGCGUAACUGGCGGGAAAAGGCGACGUCUCGAUCAUCGAUAGCUACUGUAUACAGCCUUAAACCUGGGACUACUUACGUGUUCCGCGUGUCUGCCCGCAAUAAGUACGGGGAGGGUCAGGCCCAGGUUUCGGAGCCUGUGACAACGCGAGUCUGAACAAAUGCAACUCGAACGAGUCAAGUGGUCACAGACAUCGGGGAACCGGAAAAGUCCGAGGAUGUCCAUCGGAUGGGACCAUCGGCCUGAUGAAGAAUCGUUUGCAGUGCCACUGCAAGCCAAUGUUUACACAUAGCUCUUCAACCCUCAUCGAUCGGCUGAACUUUAACCACAGGAUGCUAUUUCUCAUGAAGUAAAUAUACGAAAUACUUUGUCUAAAUGCUUGGGCCUAUAUUGAAUUAAGCGCUGUUGCUAAGCCACCAACGUAGCCGUACUCAAAAUUACUCUCUAUCACUCUAUUAAAAUGCAUUAUGUAAUAAGAAAUACAAGCGCUUUUGCAUUAAUUAGAACAAUUAAAAUCUGUAUUGUUUCAAAGCUAUAUUUAGCUUUUGCUUGAAGCUCUGCCGCGGUGAUAGCUGUACCAACCAGGUAACAAACAGGUUCUCGUUGAAAAACCUUUAUAAUGAUAGGCGCUGGCCAGGAAGAUUCUAUAACGACUAUAUCAUUAGUCGACCACCGAUUGGAAGCCAUAUUACGAUAUAUAUUAGGUAAGUUUACAUAAUAAGCCCAUAUCCCACGAUGUACACAGAAUGUCAUGCUGUCAUACUCAAUUGAAGCCCUCAUCUACAGCUGCUAUUAGAGACACUAUGCACCGAACAUUUGUUGAGUGAAAUUAAUCAAUGCCGAUUUUUUUGUAGCUAUUGACAGUGAACUUGUUCGAAACUGUAGUUUAACUUGAUUUCCACGUUAACCUGACCGAAUGUUCUCUGAACGCAGACGCAGCUAGUAUGCCCGCCAGCAGCUUAGACGCUGUUCAUGUUUUGUACAUUUUUUUCCACAUAAGCAAGACUUAGUUCACAGGGAGCUGUGGAAGGACAUGCUUAUUGUUAUUAUUGAAGACAAAAGCGAUAAUGCUCUUCUAUCUGUUACGUGUCUUCUCAUCGUGCGAACAUUUCUGUCACUCAAGGUGAUUUGACGAAAUCUAUUAAGCUGCUACAAAAAAAUAAAGCCGUCGAGCGAAAUAAAUUUGUUUGAUCCAUUUAUGAUCUUUUCUAUUAUGCCAGAUAUGAUAUUAUAUUGCGUAACCUCAUAGAUUGUGUAAUAUCGUGUUAUUAUACAGGGUGGGACAGUGGUCACUUAACAACCUAAUAGCCUUCCCCUUGCUAUGUCGUUGCUCUUGUCUUCAACACCCCUUUGCUACCCAAACGGAUGUUGUUUUUAAGAACUCGAGCUAUUUUUGCCCCACUCUGUGUCAUAGAAAGCUUAUUAGCGAUUCAGGUUAUCGAGGCGAACAUACGAACGGUGAACAACUUCGAAUUCUUCGAAGACAAGCAGCGUUAUCAAGGUGACUAGGAACCACCACAAUACGGUACUUGGCAUCUAUCAUACUAUUAUUAACUGGUAUGAUAUAAUACUGAAUGUC